AUGAGCGAUACAGGCAAGGGGAGAUACACCGCUAGGCCAAUCUCGAUGUUCGUCCAUGACCACAAAAGCCUCGCCACGCAGGAUCUAGACACUGCCGGCGCUGGCCGACGAGAGACAUUUGGAUUUAGGUUCACCGCGCUGGAUCUAGGCCGGAGACAACUUCCUAGAUGGGAACUUCUAGGGGACGUUACACAACCAAAGAUCUCUGUGAAGAGAGGAACGGUUGCAUUCAUUCCGUGA